AUCAGUUUUAUCUGAAAUUUAGAUAAAAUGAAGAUGGGCACCAAAACUAAGAACUCCUACUUCAUUUGUCUCCUCUUAGUAUUGCAACAAGUUUCUGCCUACAGUAUUAUCGGCCAAGGAGGAAACGAGUUGGAAGAAGAGGUUAAAAGAUCAGAAUUUCCAGAUAGUUUUCUUUUUGGAACAUCAACUUCUGCCUAUCAAAUCGAAGGAGCAUAUAUUGAAGAGGGCAGAAGUCUUAGCAACUGGGAUGUUUUUUCUCACACCAAUGGCAGUAUCACAAAUGGAGGAAAUGGAGAUGUAGCCGACGAUCACUAUCAUCGUUACUUGGAAGAUAUUGACAUAAUGGCCUCUCUUGGAGUAAAUGCUUAUCGAUUCUCCAUUUCCUGGAGUAGACUUCUUCCAAGAGGAAAGUUAGGGGUCGUGAAUCCAGCUGGAAUCAAGUUUUACAAUAAUAUCAUUAAUAAUCUCUUACUCAAAGGAGUAGCACCAUUUGUGACCAUCCAUCAUAAUGACUAUCCUCAAGAACUUGAGGACAGAUAUGGGGCCUGGCUCAGCCCUCUGAUGCAGGAAGAGUUUGUGCACUUUGCAAAAACAUGUUUUAAGAGUUUUGGGGAUAGAGUGAAGUAUUGGGUCACAAUAAAUGAGCCUAAUUUAUUCGCGGAACUUGCCUAUAUGAAAGGUAUAUUCCCACCUUCACAUUGUUCGCCCCCUUUCGGGAAAUGUUCCUCUGGUAAUUCAGACACUGAGCCUCUACUAAUCAUCCACAACUCAAUAUUGGCUCAUGCCAAGGCUGUCAAACUCUAUCGUCACCAUUUCCAGGUAGGACAAGGUGGAAUGAUAGGAAUGGUGGCGAGCGCUUACAUGUAUAAGCCAAUUACGGAUGAUGAGGCUGACAUUAAAGCUGCAGCUAGGGCUUUGACUUUUCAUGUGGCUUGGCUUCUUGAUCCUCUAGUAUAUGGUGAUUAUCCUACAGAAAUGCGAGAGUAUCACGGGAAGAAAUUACCAAAAUUCAGCCCUGAAGAAAGCAAGCUUAUAAAGAAUAGCAUUGACUUCAUAGGGCUUAACCAUUAUUCCACUUUGUUGGUGAAGGAUUGUCUUCUUUCCAAUUGCACAUGCAAUAUGAAUGACAAUAAUAAUCCAACUUGUAGCCAUGGUGAAAAUCGUGCCAUCCUUGGGUUUUUGCUCACUGCUGGACAGAACGAAGAUGGUGCUUUCGUAGGAGAUCCGAUGGGAAUGCCUGGAUUAUAUGUGGUUCCACAAGGCAUAGAAGAGAUUGUGGAUUAUAUUAAGAAGAGAUACAAUAACAUGCCAAUAUUUGUGACUGAAAAUGGGUACGCUUCAAUUGACAAGCAAGAAGAAGGAUAUGAGUUGGUCAAAGACAUUAAGCGAAUUAAAUAUCACAAAGCAUACCUUGCAUCUUUGGCUCGAUCAAUCAGGAAUGGUGCGGAUGUGCGUGGUUAUUUCAUAUGGAGUUUAAUGGAUAAUUUUGAAUGGGUAUUUGGUUACACGAUUAAAUUCGGGCUUUAUCAAGUUAAUCCUCUUACGUUGGAUCGAAGUCCAAAACUAUCGGCUCACUGGUAUAAAGAUUUUCUCACCAAUAGUAGCCUCAACAAUAUACAAGCAAAGAAAUCAAUAUAUGGAGUUUAGGUUUUUUUUUUUACUCCUUUGGCCAUUCUGUUAGAUUUUGAGUUGUUUUGGAAGUAUUAAUAGAUUUUAUUUUUGUAAAAUUGUGCAUGUAUUUAUUUGAUUUUGGAAGAAUAUAUAUGAUUUAGAAAAUACUUGUGUUCGGAUUCAAAUAUCUUUCGAAAUUA